AUGGAGCGCUUCUUGGGCUUUGUCAAGCAGAUAAGAAGAUCAAGAAGAAGAAAAGGCAAAAAGUACCGGCCAGAGGAGGAUUACCACGAGGGCUAUGAGGAUGUCUACUAUUAUGCCUCGGAACAUUUUCGAAAUGAGAGUCCUUACACAAAAUCUGCAAACCAGGCAAAGGCACCUGAUGGAGCACUGUCUGUGAGGAGACAGAGUAUUCCAGAGGAAUUCAAGGGCUCAACCAUAGUUGAAUUAAUGAAAAAAGAAGGCACCACCCUAGGGCUCACAGUAUCGGGUGGCAUCGACAAGGAUGGGAAACCGAGAGUAUCUAACCUUCGUCAAGGAGGAAUUGCUGCUAGGAGUGACCAGCUGGAUGUAGGGGACUACAUCAAAUCUGUGAAUGGAAUCAACCUGACCAAAUUUCGCCAUGAUGAGAUCAUCAGCCUGCUCAAGAAUGUUGGUGAAAGGGUUGUGUUAGAAGUGGAGUAUGAGCUGCCUCCAGUCUCUGUACAAGGAUCAGGUCUCAUCUUUAGAACUGUGGAAGUUACUUUACAUAAAGAGGGAAACACCUUUGGAUUUGUAAUAAGAGGUGGAGCACAUGAUGACAGAAAUAAAUCUCGUCCUGUUGUAAUAACAUGUGUCAGACCUGGAGGGCCUGCUGACAGAGAGGGCACAAUCAAACCUGGGGACAGGCUGCUGAGUGUUGAUGGAAUCCGACUGUUGGGAACAACACAUGCUGAAGCCAUGAGUAUUCUCAAACAAUGUGGACAGGAGGCGACUCUGCUGGUUGAAUAUGAUGUCUCAGUGAUGGAUUCAGUAGCAACAGCUUCUGGGCCACUGCUAGUUGAAGUUGCCAAAACUCCUGGUGCUGCUCUUGGGGUUGCACUAACUACCUCGAUGUGCUGCAACAAGCAGGUCAUUGUCAUAGACAAAAUCAAAUCUGCAAGUAUUGCAGACAGAUGUGGUGCAUUACAUGUAGGAGACCAUAUUCUGUCCAUUGAUGGCACCAGCAUGGAGUACUGUACGCUGGCAGAAGCAACACAGUUUUUGGCCAAUGCAGCGGACAAUGUUAAACUGGAGAUCCUUCCCCACCACCAGACACGGCUAGCGCUGAAAGGCCCAGAGCACGUGAAGGUUGAAGGAAGCAGCAGGCAACUUACCUGGGAUUCGUGUGCCAACAGCCACAGCAGCCUCCUCACCUGCCACCAUUAUAACACCUACCACCCUGACCAUUGCAGGAUGCCAGCCUUGAAAUUUCAGAAAGCACCUCCUCAAAAAAGCCUUCCAGCUCUGGUGUCUUCAUCCUUCUCUCCUACCUCCAUGAGUGCAUACAGCCUGAGUUCCCUCAACAUGGGGACCUUACCUCGCAGCCUCUACUCCACCAGCCCACGUGGGACAAUGAUGAGGCGGAGGAUGAAAAAGAAGGACUUCAAAAGCUCCUUGUCUUUAGCCUCUAGCACUGUUGGUUUGGCUGGGCAGGUCGUCCACACAGAAACCACAGAAGUAGUGCUGACAGCUGACCCCAUAGUGGGGUUUGGGAUACAGCUCCAGGGUAGCGUGUUCGCUACCGAGACCUUGUCUUCUCCACCUCUCAUUUCCUAUAUCGAGGCUGACAGCCCGGCAGAAAGGUGUGGGGUGCUGCAAAUAGGAGACAGAAUAGUGUCAAUAAAUGGUGUCCCAACAGAAGACAGCACAUUUGAUGAGGCCAAUCAACUGCUCAGAGACUCCUCUAUCACCAACAAGGUCACUUUGGAAAUAGAAUUUGAUGUUGCAGAAUCAGUUAUACCAAGCAGUGGAACGUUUCAUGUGAAACUACCAAAGAAGCAUAAUGUGGAACUUGGCAUCACCAUAAGUUCUCCGUCAAGUAGAAAACCAGGAGACCCUCUGGUUAUUUCUGAUAUCAAGAAAGGAAGUGUUGCUCACAGAACUGGGACACUUGAACUGGGUGAUAAGUUGCUGGCAAUAGAUAAUAUCCGACUUGACAACUGCUCAAUGGAAGAUGCUGUCCAGAUCCUUCAGCACUGUGAGGACCUUGUAAAGUUAAAGAUCCGCAAAGAUGAAGAUAAUUCCGAUGAACAGGAGAGCUCUGGAGCAAUUAUUUAUACUGUUGAGCUCAAGCGCUAUGGUGGGCCUCUUGGAAUUACAAUCUCUGGUACUGAAGAGCCCUUUGAUCCCAUAAUCAUUUCCAGCCUUACUAAAGGAGGAUUAGCUGAAAGGACUGGGGCAAUUCACAUAGGAGACAGAAUCCUAGCAAUAAAUAGUAGCAGUCUGAAAGGAAAACCUUUGAGUGAAGCCAUUCAUUUAUUACAGAUGGCAGGAGAAACUGUCACCUUGAAAAUCAAGAAGCAGACAGAUGGUGAGUGUGCUACCAGUCCCAAGAAAUUUUCUGUGCCUGUGGGUCAUGUGAGUGAACUGAGCGAUGCUGAAGAUGAAAGCUCUGCUGCACAGAAGUCUGGCAAGCUCUCGGACAUCUAUUCCACUACAGUCCCAAGUGUUGACAGCGCAGUAGAGUCAUGGGAUGGCUCUGGUAUUGAUACCAGCUUUGGAAAUCAAGGACACACCUACCAGGCUUCAGGAUACAACUUCAAUGCCUAUGAAUGGAGGAGUCCCAAGCAGGCCAGUUUGUCCCCUCCAGGCAAACCACGGAACCACCCAUUUCAUGAAGCAGGGCUGAGUGACGACGAAUGGGAUCGACCUGCAGCAAGCACCUUCACAGGUACCCAUGAUAACACCGAGGCUGACCAGGAGGAAAAUUUCUGGUCUCAGGCUCUGGAGGAUUUAGAGACCUGUGGCCAGUCAGGAAUUCUGAGGGAACUAGAGGACAAGGCUGACAGGCGUCUGUGUUUGAGAAACAUGACUCUCUUGGCCACAAUCAUGUCAGGAAGUACAAUGAGUUUGAAUCAUGAAAACCCACAACCUCGUAACCAGCUGGGAAGACAAGCCAGCUUCCAGGAAAGAAGUUCUGUAAGGCCACAUUACAGUCAAGCUACUCGUAGCAACACAUUGCCGUCAGAUGUGGGGAGAAAGUCCAUGGUUCUGAGAAAAUUUAAGCAAGAAAUGAAAGAAAUCAUGUCACCAACUCCUGUGGAGUUACACAAGGUAACUUUGUACAAGGACUCCGAUGGAGAAGACUUUGGGUUCAGUGUCUCAGAUGGUUUAUUGGAAAAAGGAGUGUAUGUUAAAAACAUUCGACCAGCUGGCCCUGGUGAUCUGGGAGGUUUAAAACCAUAUGACAGACUUCUACAGGUAAACCAUGUUCGCACCAGAGACUUUGACUGCUGUUUGGUUGUGCCCCUCAUCGCAGAAUCUGGCAAUAAACUGGAACUGGUCAUUAGCAGAAACCCACUGGCACCUCAGAAAGGAAGCUCAGAACAACACACUUCAGGGAGUGGGGAGUGGAGCGAUCCGAACGCUGCCUUCCUUCAGCAGAGUGGACACACCAGUGUUAGUGCGGAGACACGGGAUCCUACAAAUACAUUAUAGCAGAAACCAUUGCAACGGGACAUUCGGUAACUAAAAGACAUUAUGGUGCUAAAUCCAUUCAAGAUUUCUCUGAAAUUGAGGUUUAGAUGCUGUACAGCACUGAAAAGCACAGGAGGUCAGUUGGUCUGUCUCAAGGCUUCUAUUAAUCCACAGUUACUUUGGAAAUAUUUUCAUUCUUCAUUAAGUCAUUCCAUUCUAAAGCAAUCUAGGAUUAGUAACAGUAAAAAAAUACAUAAGGGCCU